CACUCACUUGGGAACUGAAAUCCAAAUUGUUUCUUUGCUCUGCUGACUACAUUACACCCACAGAGAUGACCUACCUGGAGGCGGUAAUGACUUCCAUAAUUGAUCUCUUUGCGGACUACUCCUCGACGGGCAAAAAGGGGCAGCUCUCAUCUGGUGAGCUGAAGAAGUGCCUGGAGAAGGAGCUGAACUUUCCUGCGCUCAAGGGUGUGUUAAACACAGAAGAUGUGGAAGCGAUAAUGACAGACCUGGACAAGAAUCAUGAUAAUCAGCUAAAUUUCCGGGAGUUCUGCGAGUUUGUGAUAAAGCUGACCCGGCUCUACAGAAACGCCAAGAAGGAAGACAAGAAGGAAGACAAGUAAGCACAAGAGGAAAGAGUGGACAAGAGGCCAGUCUGGUGCAUUAAAGAAAGCCAGCUAAGAUGGCCAUUUAUCCUGAUGUGUGGUCACACAGUGAAUUAGCAUAAAAUGUCAAAACAAAUCUUAUUGGCUCAAAUAAAAUAUGAUUAAUUAAUCA